AUGCGCGCCUCUACUUUUCUUAUCGCCAUCGCGAGCCUAGGGCUCAGCGUCAUCGCCGCUCCUGUCUCAGGUGAUUCUAUCGAUAUCAGUACCAGCGGUGGCUUCAAGAUACAGGUCACGAUCGAUGUCAAGGAGAAUGGCGACGCUGAGAGGAAGGACAUCGAUGUCAAGGGCUUCGACGAUAAAUUCAUCCAGAAGCUCGGCGACAAGUUUGAUGAGAAGUUCGACCACGAUGUUGACGACAAGCUCGUUGACAAGUUUGAGGAUAAGGACGACCAUAAGAAAGACGACGAGAAAGACAGGGAUGAGAAAGACAGAGAUGAGAAGGACGAUGACAAAAAAGAACUUUUCGACUUCACCUCCAAGUUCUUCGUCAAUGCUGUCCCAGGGGAAGUCGUCAACGGCACCGAGCCUACUGGUGGUAUCGCAGGCGCAAGCGGCACCUUCAACUUUGGCAUUAACAGCCACCUCAACAUGAUCUGCUACGAGAUAACCCUGCACAACUUCCAGGGCGAAUUCAGUUCGCCUGCCACCACGGCUACGCACAUCCACGAAGCAAAGAGGGGCGAAAGCGGGCCGCCGAGGAUCUCAUUCCCUAACCCCCAGAUGGUUGACCAUGAUCCUACUGUCAUGCAUAGCGCAGGAUGCUUGAAGGGGCCCUUUGUUACUGGUGUAAUGGUUGAUGGAAAGGACACCGGCGAGGGCUUUCAUGUUAGUAUGAUUGAGGCGGAUCCUGUGGCGUACAUGUCGGAUACACAUUCGAGUUUGGCGUUGGCUGGAGCCGUGAGGGGACAACUGGGCUAA